GUGUAAAUAUAAGACUGAGUUCCCAUGGUCCGGGAGGGUCAGCUUCUCAGAGUCCACACUGCGUUGACCGUGCUAAUGAGUUUGGUUUCUUUUCUGACAGCUGACACACGGUAGCCCAGGAGGCCGGAGCCGGCAGAGAACACUCAGUUCUCAGAACUGGAGCUUUCAAAGAGCACCCAGUCCUGGCCUUGCAAAUCGAGUCCGGCCGCUCCUCCCUUUGGGAGAAGUUCCCUCUGGCGGCGGGACAAACUGGCUCCACCCAGCUGCUGAAAUGUGAUACAAGUUGUAACAGGACCGGAAGUUGGCCGGCUGUCUUGCUUCUCAAGUGCCACCUGACCCUGACGCGCUCUCCCUCUCCUUCCGGAGAUGGCCGUGCCGGGACUUGCGGUUGGCGCCGUCCUCCUCCUGCUGCUCGUGGCCACUGUGGCUCCUUACCCCAACGGAAAAGUCACCGAGUCCUGCCACAACAUGGUUCCUCGGCACGGCCACACCCCGCGCCCCGAUCCCGUGCACAGCGUCGCCGUGAGCCAGGCCACGUUCGCACCGGGGGACCACCUGGAAGUGACGCUGUCCGGGCCGGAGUUCAAAGGCUUUCUCCUGGAGGCGCGGGACGCGGAGCAUUUGAGCGGCCCUCCUAUUGGCUCCUUCACUUUGAUUGACAGCGACGCGUCCCAGCUCCUGACCUGCGAAGACAGAGAGGGGUCGGCGGUGAGCCACACAAACGCACACAAGAAGACAGAGAUUAAAGUCUGGUGGAACGCCCCCCAGAGCGCCCCGAACCACAUCCAGUUUCUAGCCACGGUUGUGCAGAAGUACAAAACCUACUGGGUGAAGAUUCCUAGUCCUGUGGUUUCCCAGCCCAACGCACCUCCCUUCUCAACACCUGAACCCACGGCAGCACCUUUGUCCACCUUUCCUCCCGUCUCCCACUUAACCAAGAGAUUCAGUGCCUCCGACUGUGGGAACAAGAAGUUCUGUGUCCGGAGCCCGGCGGCCUGUGACCCGGAGAAGGAGAGCACCUGCGUCUUCCUGUCCUUCGCCCGAGACGGCCAGUCCGUGGCGGUGGAACUGAGCGGUCCCAGCAAAGGCUAUCUGUCCUUUGCGCUUUCUCACGACAGAUGGAUGGGGGACGAUGACGCCUACCUGUGUGUUCGGGAAGAGCAGACUGUGCGCAUCCAGCCCUCCCACCUGAAGGGGCGGAGCCACCCCGUGCUGGAGUCCUGGGAUGCCCUGGAGGAGAUGGCGUGGAGGCUGGAGGACGGCGUCAUGCAGUGCUCGUUCAGACGGAACAUUACCCUUCCCGGGGCGGAGAACAGAUUCGACCUGAACGCGAGCUACUACGUAUUUCUGGCCUCUGGCGCCGCCGAGGAAGGUCAAAUUUAUAGGCAUCCGCAGCAGCCCCUGAUCACGUACGAAAAGUACGACGUGACGGGCCACCCGGAGGACGUGGGAGGGUCCCAGUCUCCGCUCCUUCUGAAGGCCCACGGCGCCCUGAUGUUGGUGGCCUGGGUGGCUGCCGUUAGCAUCGGGGUGAUCGUCGCCCGGUUCUUCAAGCCUGUGUUGUCACACCCUGUCUUUGGCGACGCAGCUUGGUUUCAGGUGCACCGCGCGCUGAUGCUCACCACCUGCGUCCUCACCGGCAUCGCCUUCGUCCUGCCCUUCGUGUACCGGGGAGGCUGGAGCAGGCACGCAGGUUGUCACCCCUACCUGGGCUGCACCGUGAUGACCUUGGCGGUUCUGCAGCCCGUGCUGGCAGGCUUCCGGCCCCCUCUGCACGACCCCAGAAGGCACCUGUUUAACUGGACUCACUGGGGGAUCGGAACGGCAGCCAGAAUCAUAGCAGUGGCAGCGAUGUUCCUGGGCAUGGACCUACCAGGGCUGAGCCUCCCCGGCCCCUGGAAAACCUACACGAUGCUGGGGUUCGUGGCCUGGCACGUUGGGGCCGAGAUCGUCCUGGAGAUACACGCUUACCGACUCUCUCGGAAAGUUGAAAUACUGGACGACACCAGAAUUCAGAUCAUUGAGCCGUUCACCAUAGCGGACGCAGAAGGCCACGCUUUCAAAAAGGCGGUGCUGGCGGUGUACGUCUGCGGGAACCUCACCUUCCUCCUCAUCUUCUUAGCCGCCAUCUACCGCCUCUGAGCGGGCAGAGGCCUCGCCGCCGCCGCCACCGCCACCGACCGGGUCGUCACCAACAUGAAGCCACAGGGACACCGGCCAUGCCGACCGCCCGGGGCAGGGCGGACUCUUGGACUCCGACUUGGAGGAGCGGCACGUGUCUCUCGAGACGUGCUGAAGUCUGGCUUUCAGAAGGCGGUGCUCAGCAGGCCCCUCUGGGCUGCAGAGGGGGGUCCGUGCGGCCUUCAGGUGCCGCUCUGGGCCUUGAAGGGGAGGGAGGUCCGGGAGAGGGGACCCUCAGGUGUUGCCGUGACAAGGUGUUGAGCGUGUGAGCGGCUGUGGAAGGGAACAGGGCCCGUCUGCAGGCCAGGGGCGGCGCCGUGGCAACAGGAGAGGAGAGGACACGUGUCCCGGACGAGGCAAGAACUGGGGUGCUUUAGACACACGUCCGUUUUCGGGACUUCUUGAGGAACUGUGUUUUUUCGACACUUCCCUUGCUCUGUUUUCUCUCCUUUCUGGUGAAGGUGGACACGGGGCUGACGCCACUGCAGGUUUGGUUAACGUUUAAAUACCUUGCGGAUAUUAUCGUUUCUUUCUUAGUUAUGAAGUGUAAGUGUGCGUCUUCCGCUGCAGAGCUGAAGUGGCACUUUUACAUGUCCGCUGUUUUGACAGCAAGAUUGGAGUCCGAUGCCUUUGGAGAUGGUAGACUUGCAUUUGGAAAUUAAUAAAGCUCACCUUUGCGAACGCA